ACCUCCAGAAUAGAUUCUCCCAUCUUUUCUUACAACAUUGUUUAUAUUGAGAAGAUGGACAGCUCUAACUAUUCCAGUUGGUAUUCGACACCUGGUUAUGGUUAAGUGGGUUGAGCUACAAAUCUCGUCUUACUAUCACUACUGAAUUCAUUCCUACAUAAAAUCGUGAAUUGCUUUUGUUACAUGGAGCAUGAGUUGCUUUUGCAUUCAACAACCCCACUUUGUUUGGGUAUAAGGACAAGAUGUUCAUGAACACUAUAAAGGUCUUACAGACAAGUACACGUGUACAUUACCACUUUGUAAAGUGUGAAUAGGGACACCAAAUUGAUUGUUGAUUUCAUUAAAAAGGGAUUGAUAAGUAGAAAAUAAUUUUGAACAUCUUUAAUUGAAUAUAAUCACAUGCAACGGGAACAGUCUUCUAUAAAAGUAACAAUAUCUUGACUUUAAUAUAGAAUCAAUCUAAUAAAUCCUAAUAUCCACCGCUACUAUAUUUACAAGAUUCUAGCAGGAUGAAAUAAAGCGUGAAGUGGUCAUCAAUUAAAACAUGAGUGGUUCUUACAGUUCAGAACGACUUACAUCUGUCUCAGAGAUUCAACUGAUGGUUUUUAAACUAAAGUUUUAAUUGAUUAUGGAUCAAAUGAUGACCACUUCGUAAUACUCAGGAUGGUUUGAACCUAGUACUGCACUUCAAUUGUCAGUUUGCUAAUGAUUUGGAAGGCUGGACCAUACCAGCUGAUGGACCAGUUUCUGGUUUAAAUUUUAUGUUCUAAACAGGAAGUUGCAUAUUCAAUGGACCAUUUGAAAUGUGGUAAGAUGUAGUAGACACUUAAUGUGUAUAACUCGAAAAGAGAUUUUCAUUGUAGGGCGCUCAAAUGCAAUAAAUAUAGCUGAGAGGUUGGGACUACCAUCUGUUGUUGUAGAUACUGCUCGUAAGUUAUAUGGUUCUGCUAGUGCAGAGAUAGAUGAGGUAAUAACUGAUAUGGAAAGGUUGAAACAAAAUUACCAAGAGCUGAUGGAUGAAGCGCGUAAUUAUCUGAUGCACUCCAGAGGACUUUACAAUAGUCUAUUGAACACCAGAAGGAAGAUUGUGAAACAUACUACUGAUAUACAAUUAAAGAAGAUGAGAGAUGUAUCCGAGGCUGCGGCAAUGGCAAGAUCCAUCCUUCACAAGAAAGUGAGGGAGUUGGAUGUAUCAGCUAAGCAACCUCCACAGAACACUAAAACUAUUAGCAGCUCUCAUUUAUCAGCAACCAACAAAAGCCAAACUGCAGCAAAUAACAGAAAAUCUGUUGUUGCUGAUAGAAAUACAGCUGCCGUAAAAGUUUUUAGUCAAUCAUCAUCAGGUUCAGAUAAAUCUAAGCCUCCCAAGGUUGGUGAUAGUGUUCAUAUCUCUUCCCUUGGGAAAAAAGUGACGGUUUUAGAAGUAGAUUCAUCCAAAGGAGAAAUUGUAGUUCAAGCUGGAAUCAUGAAGUUGAAGCUGAAACUAACUGACGUUCAGAGAUCAUAGAAGUAGGGAAACCAUGACCAAUGUCAUAAAUGAGGAAAAUGUGCAUUGAAAGUGCUAUCAUACGAUGUGGCGUUAGAGGAAAAAAAGGUGGGGGGAUUUUCAAUAUCAGAAACUUCAGUUCCUAGAUUUAGCCGGAUGUGUCAAACAAUACAGUUUUGCAAUGUCAUCAGCUGUGCAAAUAGUUGGCGUGCUAAUUAUGCAAGACUGUGAAAUAAAGAAGAAAACAAGCUAUUCAGUUGAAGUUGUGAACAUCACAUGGUGCUUGCUUGGUGGAAAGAACAGUGACAGGCCUUUUUUGACACUGAUGGAGAUGGAAUGUCCCUACUCUCUUGAAGAAGAUUCUACCGGAUUCCAAUUAUGUGAUUGGAUUCCUUUAACUGAAAAACACCUUCCACGCCCUCCUUACAAAAUCAAUUUCUGAAAGGGGAUCAUGGCGUGACUGUAGAAACGCUUUUUUAUCUGCUAUAGUACAAUGGCGAUAACCAAGUCAGAAUCUAGGAUCUUGUACAAAUCAUCUCGAUUCCCCAACCACUAGCCCCACCCUUGUGGCUUAGAAAGAUUGAGUGUGGUAAAAACACAAGGUUGAUGUACAAAACUAGUUUUCUUUUUUCCAACACAGUUUUGUGUAGGGUGUUUGUUUCUGCAUCAAAAUGUAUGAAAUGCAGUUUUUUUCAUAAGCAACCUAGUGAAGUUUCUUUUUGUUCUUUUUAAGAAAUAGAAGUGAUUUUACAUUCUCAAAUGCAUGUCCAAACAUAUGUAAUUAUUGUAGUUUAUUGCCCCCAUCUACUGAUUUAGUUUUAAUUUC